GAGAAGCAUUGGGAACAACAGUACGAUGAAACAAAAACCGGUACGCGGGUUGAGGGCUCUGAUCCGCAUUGAUAUAGCAAUUUGUAGCCGGUUUUACGAGAGCAAACCUUUUCGCUUUUGAGAAAUGGUUGGUGGUUUUUCAGGUAGGCUUUCUCGUAUGCAAACACGGUGGUACCAUCAAUUGUCGAUUGUUCGCGUAGCUGUACGGACGCAACAGCAAAUCGUGCUUUCAUUAGUAGAACAAUCCAGUACGAGUGAGUUACAACUAUUGUGUAGUGUACUUUCAAGGGUUGACCAAAACAACCAGUGCAAUGAUACUGGCUACUUCAAAUCUCGUGCUCUCUGUGAUCACUGUUGGAGCGUUGUUGAUUCUGCCCGAUGUCUUUGGUGUGAAGCUGAAGGAAAAAUUUAAGUGGCGUGAAGUUUCGUUCGCUUGGCCCUCAGAAGAUGCUAAGGUGGCUGCCUUGAAUUCCGGCAAAUACAUCGUUCACAACAAUCUACCUCUGGGUUUAGAACGAUGGCGUGACAAACUGUUUAUUACUGUCCCAAGGUGGAAGACGGGUGUAGCCGCUUCGCUGACAUAUGUUAACAUUUCCGACGGGAUAAGCCCUGAUUUGCGCCCUUAUCCAGGGUGGACUGAAAAUGAACUCCCAACAGAGCGUAAUGAUGGUCCAGAUCCAGCAUCCAAUUUUUGAAAAAUAACGCCACAAUU